AUGUUGGCCCUUUCUUCUUCUACUUCUUCUUUGUAUCCAACUACCUAUGGCUACUGGCCUUUGGAAGAAAAAAAGAUGAGCCAAGAAGGCCAGCAGAAUUCAUGGACAGCCAAAGACCCUUUCUUGAAUUGCAAUUCUGAAGAAACUGAAGCUUUAGAUUCACCACCAUCUUUACAAUUCCCUUCAUUGCAACCCCAUUUGGAUUCUUUUCCUUCCAGUGCCAUUACCAAUAUUGAUCCAUCCUUAAUCAAGAAGCUGAAUCAUAAUGCCAGCGAACGUGAUCGCCGCAAGAAAUUAAACACUCUCUAUGCUUCUCUUAGAUCAAUACUUCCAGGGGCUGAUCAAACGAGGAAACUAAGCAUUCCGGCGACGAUUUCUCGGGUUUUAAAAUACAUACCUGAGCUGCAAAAACAAGUUGAGAAGCUGAAACAGAGAAAACAGGACAUCCUAUCAAGUAUUCACAAGAAAGGAGAUCAAAUCCACAUCGAUACUAAUCAAAGUAAUGGGAUUGUUCGAAGAUCAUUACCAAGUGUUUCGGUGAGUCAAAUUGAAGAAAGAGAAGUAAUGAUUCAGAUAUGUGGGAGUCAGAACAUGAGAAGUUCACUGUCAGAGGUUUUGCUUAAUUUGGAAGAAGAGGGCCUUGAAGUGUCUAAUGUUUCAGCCUCUGCUUCAUCAAAGAUAAGAGAAAAUCAACAAGGGUUGAAUUGUCAGAUGUUGAGUCAGAAACUGCUGUCAAUGUGUGAGAGCAAGGAAGAGUUGUUUUUCUGA